UGUUUUUUUUUUUUUGUGGCUGUGUCUAAAUGUUGCGACUUGGGUUAGCGAUUUGCGCGCUGGCGGCGACGCUGACGGCCGCUUGGGGCAACUACUGUGCGGCAAGUUUGUGUGGCGAGUCCAAGCACAUUGCCUGCAACAACAAUGGCGCCUGGGCGAGCAGCUGCCCCAAGAAGGACUAUGCACCCAUCAUGAUCACCAUGGACAUCGAUAAGCGCAGCAUUAUGGUGCGUGCGCAUAAUUCGCGGCGCAAUUACUUGGCGCGUGGCAAGCUGCCAGGCUUUGCGGCAGCCAAGCGCAUGGCCACCAUGCGCUGGAGCUCCGAGCUGGCCAAGAUUGCGGCCUACAAUGUGCGCCAGUGCGCGAUGAAGCACGACGCCUGCCGCAACACGAAGCAGUUCAAGAGCAGCGGCCAGAACUUGGCCAUUAUGUCGUACACGGGCAAUCGCAACGCUCGCACCGACGAGGAGAUGCUCGCCCAGAGCGUCACCAUGUGGUGGAACGAGUACAAGGACACCACCAUGGCGCAGAUGAGGAAGUAUCCCAGCAACUACAAGGGACCCGCCAUUGGUCACUUCACCGCCAUGAUGCAGCAAACCAACAUGGCCUUGGGCUGUGCUGCUGCCAGAUAUAAGGACGCCACAUACCAUAAUUUCCUCGUGGCCUGCAACUAUGCCACCACCAAUAUCAUUGGACGCGCUGUCUACACAGAUGGCGCCACAGCUUCCGGUUGCACCAAGGGCAAGAAUCCCAACUAUGCGGGUCUCUGCCAUGUCGACGAGGUCUUCAGCGUUUAAAUGCAUACAAACAUUUCCAUUUGCAAAUAAAUUUCAAAAGCUCAAGCUUAACAAAGAA